GAGGAUUAAUGUCUCAGAAAAGGUGGCGGUACUGCUGCGUUCAGUUGGAUGGCAACCAUGUAAAAUAAAUUGGGAAGAAGAAGAAAGAAGACGACAACUUUUGGAAAACAUGGAAGACGAUCAACCUCAUGAACUUCAUAUAACCAUCCAAAGAGGAAUGUCCUUCCCUCUCCUGGAGAAAUGUAUGACCUGCUGCUUCCCUGGCCUGUAUCACUGUCCUUUCUGUUCACCGGCCUACUUCAAGCCUGCAAAGCGCUCCAAAGUCAUGCUCCACUUAGAGUUUCACCUGAAGAGAGCCUGUCAUGUUGGAGACUAUACAAUCCACAAAUGCGGACUAGAUUGUGCCAAACGGCCACAUUACCACUGCUUAUACUGCAUAGCCUUGCUGGGAAGCAAGCACGAUUUCAACCAGCACGUCGAUUUCUGCCAAGAGAUGCAAAAGAACAAAGAUGGACCACAGGAUGAAGCUUCAUUAACAAUCAGAGCCAAAAAUCUAGCUGAUAGACAGAAAGCCAUGUCAUCAUAUUUCAUGGAGACCAACGACAGUGAGAGUGACGACAUCCCCCAAGAUUCUCAGAGCAAAAUGGAGCAGGAAGGAUGCAGCAGCAAGUUGGGGACUCUGUUCAGUGGCAGGUUGAGCGACGGCGAUGGUGCGGGUAAAGGGGGGACGUCCCAGCAGCUGGUCGUGACAAAACGGGACAAAAUGUUGCAAGUGAACAUGGACAAACCCCAGGACUGUGAUGAGUUCUACUUUAUGAACCUGGUGAAAAUGUUCAAGAAGUUGUCUCCUUCGAAAAAGACCGAUGUCAGGAUGAAAAUUGAGAGGAUCCUUUUUGAAGCAGAGUUCUUGUAGAAGUUGGUGGGAAAAAUCAUAACUACUUCCAUGUGCAAACACUCAGGAGACUAGAAGUCAUUUAAGAUGCUGCCAAAAUAACAUUUGCAUUUCUCAGCAUUUCCAAAUCCCAUGUUACUUCAGGUUUAGAAAAUGGUAAGAUCUAAAGAUUCAAAGGGAAAGAACUUCAGAGUACACAGAGGCUUAGAGAACUGCUAGCAUGAACUCUGGAGAGUAGAUUUUCUCAGUCAACAACCCUUGCUCUGCAGAAUGGCUGCAGGUCUUUUCUUUUUAUUGCAGCUCCAAAUGUCACAUUUAUGAGAGGUGAGGAAAAUGAUGCUAAGACCUGCACUUUUUACUGCUGAGGGAUUGGUUUCGUUAUUUUUCAGGAACAACUGAAUAUUUGUGCCCAUAGAGAGAUUCUUAGUUGCAGGACAGUCUCCUGUUGCCAUUUCUUAAUGGCUGCACUGGUUAUGAUCAAGCGGCUGUUUAUCCAACCUGAAUAUGUUUUUCCUUCAAUGUUGUUUUCUGUAAUGACUCAACUCAAACCAUGUUCAUUGUUUUUAAGUUGAACAGUCACCUUAAGAGUUUCUUGUCAUUAUUGCAUGUUAAGCAAUUAGUUUUUAUCAUAAUUAUAAUAUCUAUUUCAUUCAAUAAGGAUCACCUAAUGUGUGCAGAUUUUUUUUUUUUGCUUUUCUGUUAAUGUACUUUUUUUUUUUUUGAUAUUUAUAUAUGGCUUAACUACAGUAUUAACAAAAUUUCAAAGUAAAAUCUGCAGGACAUGUUUAAAAUAUAUGAAAGAUGGAGGCAUAUGUGACUUUCUGCAGGAUGAAAAUCCAUUGAACACUGACAUUUUGAAGUUCUGAAUGUAAAGGCAAUAAAUGUUGCGGAGUUUCAUUCA